GGGGGCGUAGGCGGCGAGACGAAGACAGGUGUAGCGGAGAGCCAAUGAGGAGCCGCGCACGCGUGACGUAGGCGGUGAAGCGCGUGCAGGGGAAGCGCGCAGCCAAUGGGGAUGCCCGAGAGUGGGCGGUGUAGGAGGCGGGAUGAUCGGGGAAUCAAUGGGGAGGCCUGAAUGGGGGGGCGGGGUCCGGGAUGAAGAGAGCAGUCGUAGGACAGAUAAUAGGGAAGCGGGAGCGGUGUAUGGGCGCCGGGGAAAAUGGAAUGGUUUCAGGCGAUGGGGGGCAGCGGAAGCGAACGGAGAGACCAGAAAAGCAGGAGAUCCGUGGGUUGCGUAGGUGGUGGGAUGGAAGCUAGAGACAGCGAAGAGCCAAUGGGGAGUCGCGCGCCUGUGGCGUACGGAAGAGAUGACGCUAAUGGCUGCAGCGAGCCAAUGAGGAGUCCUGUGAAUGUGCACUACGCCUUCAAGGGGCGGUGCCAGGGCUGAACUAGCCACUGCGGAGACUAGAAGUGACCGAGAGGCGGUGUGUGAGUUGCCCGGGAGGCGGGACUGAAGGGGGAAAGCCAAUGGGUAGGCGGCGAAGGCGGGAGCAGGAAAGAGAGAUGGCGGUUAGCCAAUGGAGGAGCCAGAGUGAAGACUGUUGAGACGUCAAAGGGUGCUGGAACGGGGUGAACCAAUACCAAAGCUAGAAAGCAUAGCGGGACCGAAGGAUCCGGAGGUGGGACGGCAAAGAGCAGAGCCAACGAGGGUGUUGUAGGUGGUGUGAAGGAGAGGAUGAGCAGCCAAUAAGGAGGCCGGAGGAGAGGAUGUCAGGCCACCAGGCCCCCUCUGGGCUUUUCCAAAAAGGCCUGAAGCUGGUCUUGCAGAGGAAUUGGAGUGGACAUUGGAGGACGGAACCCUGGGCCAUGUAGGGCGCUGGAGAGCCUGAGGCUGAGAGUCCCAGCCACGGCUUAUCAGGAGAAGCCCCUAGGGGCCCAUCUCCUCUGUUGACCACUGAUUGGAGGGGGUCCCCGCUGAAGUGAAGAAAGGCAGCCGCCAAAUCUUGGACACCCUGCAACCUUCCAGCCUCCAGAAGAAUCUCCAAAUUGCAGACCCUCCCGGUCUCUGCAGCUUCUAAUGUAAAAUUUGAGACCCUUGUGCUCAACGAAACCUGAGGGUUCCAGAGCCCAGCACCCCUGGGACGCAGGGCCCCCCUCUGCCAGCUCUGUGAUCUGGGAGCAGUUGCCUGACUGUUUCGUCCCCCCUUUUUCGCCCUCUGUCCAAGGGCCAUGAUGACAAGAUGGAUCUCCGAGGGCCGUGGUGAGGAUUGAACAAGAUCGGCUGUGAGAAGCGUUUUCGGCGCUGUGUCUGGCACGUGGACGAUUCGAGAGAAGUGUCCGCUGUGGGGACGAUGGAGGAGAUUUGGAAUCCGAAAUCCUUAGAAACCGGAAGUUUUCAAAGCAGAAAACGGCAAAGGCCAAGGGCCUCAGAAGCAUCAGGCAGUGGUGUCUCUGAGCGCGAGCAGGUUGGGGCCCCAACGGGCCAUGAGAAGGUUGGGGUCUCAACGGGCCUCAGAGCUUUGUGAGGAUGGGUGCGUCCAUCCUGGGGCCUGGUUAGGAUCUUCCCUAUAGGGUGGCCUCUGAGUCAGAGCCCUCCGGUCCUAAGAUGUCAUGAGGCAAGACUCUUUGCCCCUUGUUCCUUCAGUGAUGUUCAGUGGCUUCUGAGAGCCAGCGAUUCUCAGACUCUUGGAUUCUGUGAAUUGUUGGCAGCGGGGGGAGGUGGGGUUGGGGAGGGACCCCCUGCUUUUUUCCUCCAUGAAGUAACUUCCAUGCCCCUUAGCCUCUGUGAGAAGAUGGGUUGCAACCGUGUCCAGGGCUCCCCAUCCCUGGGUAGUAAAAAUGUGAUGACCUCAUCAAUUCCCCCUAUGGGGAAACUGAGGCCUGGACCAGAAGCAAAGCCCCAGGAAACCCAGCCCUAUUCCAUUCUUUCCCUGAUGUUUCCCACGCACCCAUUACACUCUUCCUUUUCAAUAUCUUCAAGACUCUCCAAUAUCUUCUCACUCUACAGAGCGGCGUCUCUGCCUGCCCAGGACGCCCCUGUGAUUUAUUAGAGUUCUUCCCCCUCAUUUUCUUUUCUUUUCUUUUUUUUCUAACUCUACACACUUUUGUUUAAAAACCUGUGGUUUCUCAUGAGCUCUGUUAUCUCAUUGAUACCUCUCACCUCGGUAGUGAGGGGAAGAAAUCAUAUUUUCAGAUGACUCGUAAAGGGCAAAGAAAAAACCCAAAAUUUCAAAAUUUCCGUUUAAGUCUCAUAAUCAAGAAGAGGAGAAACAGAGCGAGAGAGCGAGCGAGCGAGAGAGAGAGAGAGAGAGGAAAGCUAUGAGAACCCCCCCCCCAACCCUGUGAUUAUCAGCAUACACACUCAUCGAAAAAAAAAUUUGGAUUAUUAGAAGAGAGAGAGAGGUCUGUGGCUUCCACACCGUGGUUUUUCUUCUCGGUAUAAAAGCAAAGUUGUUUUUGAUAUGUGACAGUUUCCCACAAGCCAGGCUGAUCCUUUUCUGUCAGUCCACUUCACCAAGGUGAGUGUCCCUGCUCUCCCCCACCAGAUGCGGGUCCAGCGGAAGAGGCGACAGUGAGGUAGGCACUGGGGGAUCAAGGGCCCUCCCAGGACAGUCAGGACAGCACGCAACUACCUCGGUCCCGGUCAGCCUGCCCUCCGACAAGGACCCGAUGCCCAACCCCAGGCCAGCCAAGCCCUUGGCCCCUUCCUCGGUCCUCAGCCCAUCCCCAGGAGCCUCGCCCAGCUGGAGGGCUGUACCCAAGACUUCAGACCAACAGGGAGCCAAGGGCCCCGGGGCAGCCUUCCAGGGCCGGGAGCUCCGAGGUGGCGCCCACGCCUCCUCUUCCUCCUUGAACCCCAUGCCACCGUCGCAGCUGCAGCUGCCCACAGUGCCCCUCGUCAUGGUGGCACCCUCCGGAGCACGGCUGGGCCCCUCACCCCACUUGCAGGCACUCCUCCAGGACAGGCCGCACUUUGUCCACCAGCUCUCCACGGUGGAUGCCCAUGCUCGGACCCCCGUGCUGCAGGUGCGCCCACUGGACAGCCCAGCGAUGAUCAGCCUCCCGCCGCCCACUGCUGCCACAGGGGUCUUCUCCCUCAAGGCCCGGCCCGGCCUGCCACCUGGGAUCAACGUGGCCAGCCUGGAGUGGGUGUCCAGGGAGCCGGCACUGCUCUGCACCUUCCCAAGCCCUGGUGUGCCCAGGAAGGACAGCACCCUUUCAACCGUGCCCCAGGGCUCCUACUCCCUGCUGGCAAAUGGUGUCUGCAAGUGGCCCGGAUGUGAAAAGGUCUUCGAGGAGCCAGAGGACUUCCUCAAGCACUGCCAGGCAGACCAUCUCCUGGAUGAGAAGGGCAGGGCGCAGUGUCUCCUCCAGAGGGAGGUGGUGCAGUCUCUGGAACAACAGCUGGUGCUGGAGAAGGAGAAGCUGGGUGCUAUGCAGGCCCACCUGGCCGGGAAGAUGCCCUCACCCAAGGCUCCAUCCGCGGCAUCAUCUGACAAGGGUUCCUGCUGUAUUGUAGCCACUGGCACCCCGGGCACCGCCGUCCCAGCUUGGCCGGGCCCCCAGGAGGCCCCUGACGGCCUGUUUGCUGUGCGCAGGCACCUCUGGGGCAGCCAUGGAAACAGCACGUUCCCAGAUUUCUUUCACAACAUGGACUACUUCAAGUUCCACAACAUGCGGCCCCCUUUCACCUACGCCACCCUCAUCCGCUGGGCCAUCCUGGAGGCUCCAGAGAAGCAGCGGACACUCAACGAGAUCUAUCACUGGUUCACACGCAUGUUCGCCUUCUUCAGAAACCACCCUGCCACCUGGAAGAAUGCCAUUCGCCACAACUUGAGCCUGCACAAGUGCUUUGUGCGCGUGGAGAGCGAGAAGGGGGCCGUGUGGACCGUGGACGAGUUCGAGUUUCGCAAGAAGAGGAGCCAGAGGCCCAGCAGGUGUUCCAACCCCACCCCCGGCCCCUGACUGCAAAGCCAAGGAAAGAAGGAUGGACAGGGGCCAAAACUGGGGGUGGAAGUGGCCAGGGGAGGGGCGACCGACCACGGACGUGCCUGCGGGGGACCAAGACAUAAGGUGUGCGCUGGCUGGCUGGCCAAGGACACCGCUCCCCAGCUGACCGCCCUCUUGGAUCACAUGCUCUGCACCAACGCCGCUUAGGGGGACCCUGGCCCCAGCCCCGCCCCCCCACCCCCACCCCAGCCCCUUUGCAAUGGGCUCUCCAGCCAAACUGAGCCUUGGCAACCGACCCGCACACAACAGCCUGCCUCAGUCGCUCUCACAGACGACCUGGGGGCUGGAAAGGACACCGAGAGUCACAGUCCUGUCCCUUGGACUCAACACAAACCCCCAGACACGAAGCGCCUGCCUCAGUACGCACAGACCAUCUCGAACCUGCAGUCGCACAGUCACAGCCGAGCACAGUCCUGGCAACCCACAUACCCCAAAGCACGCACCCGCAGCCAGCCUCCAGGCCCGCGGGUGCAGGGUCACACAGGGUGUGCCCAGACACCUGCCCAAGCAGUGGCCUCAGUACCUUCAGGAUCUCCGGUCCCAGAAAGCCACACAGACACACACUGGUCACGAAUGGUACAUCACAUGGCUCCUGACACAAAUGCUUGGUCACUCAGGCUCUUUGAACUCACCUGUGUGCACACCCACAGAGCACCCCACCUGGCCUCCUGAGUCCCACGCGGACACCCAAGGCCAUAUACACACCACACACACACACACAAUAUCCCCAGUGUCUCGCCAGUCACCCGCCCCUCCCCACCCCCAGCCCCAUGGCCCCACGCCUCAGCUUAGACUGCAGACAGAGCCCCUCAUUUAUUUGAGAUCCAAGGCCCCACGCCCCCCAGCGCCCUCCGCAAUAAACUGCAGCCGAGAUCCCAUACUC